UGGAGUUUAUCUGAGUGGGCUAACCAAAAAUCUCUGAGAGCAUACAGAAAGGAAGACUGAAGUAUACACUUCACAGACCUGGAACUGAGAAUUCUAGCAUGGGAAUCAAAGGUCUGAUACAAGAAAACCCACCUGCAGCUGGUUCAGUAUGCGUCGAAAAACGAAACGAAAAACCAAACCACUGCUUCAUUUUUCCACCCAAUAAUGUAGACAUGGCAUCACACACUAUAGAAAGAAGAAACAACCACUGGUUUGUGAAGACCAAAGCUUCUUCUGAUUUGACUGUACAAAUUGAAAAUAAAUGCUUUCACCUGCACAAGAUUCCUAUGGCUUUAAAAAGUGGAUAUAUUAACAGAUUAGCGUUUCGAAGCAAUGGAUCAUCAUCAGACAGCAAUCUCAGCAGCAUUAUUCAGAUGGACAGUAUUCCAGGUGGAGCUAAAAUCUUUGAGCAAGUAGUGAGAUUCUGCUAUGGACUAAAGAUCAAUGCGACUGCAACGAACAUUGCCCCGCUCUACUGCGCUGCACAUUUCCUGGAAAUGAACGAUGAUCUCAACCCCGGAAACCUGAUCUCGAAAGCAGAAGCCUUUCUCAGCUUCAUAGUCCUCUCCUCAUGGAAAGACACAUUCAGAGUGGUGAGGAGCUGUGAAUCGGUCUCCACGUGGGCGAAAGACCUGCAGAUUGUGAAGCAAUGCUCAGAAUCGAUCGCUUGGAAGGCCUGCUCGGACACAAACGCGAGUAGUUUUACGAGCAACGAAGUUUUCUUGAAUGUGCUGGGAAAAACCAGCACAGAUGACAAAAACCUGCCUUCGAAUUGGUGGUUCGAGGACGCUUCAACCCUCCGAAUAGACCAUUUCAUCGAGCUCGUCUCAUCAAUCAAGAAGAGGAGGAAGAUCAAGCCCGAGCUUGUGGGAUCAUGCAUAGCUCACUGGACCAAGAAAUGGCUCCCCAGAGUCCGAAUAGGGAAACAGAAAUCAAAUAAUGACGAUGAUGAUGACAAUGACGAUGACCUGACUAUUCGGCUACACAGAGUGACACUAGAAUGCUUGAUAAGGAUACUACCCAAUGAAGAGAACUCUGUUUCCUGCAAUUUUCUUCUCCACCUUUACAAGAUUGGGGUGGGGAUGAGAAUUGAGUCUGAAUUGGUAAACCAAGUGAAGACAAGAAUAGCAAUGAUGCUGGAGAGGUGCAGGGCUAAAGAUCUCUUGGUUAAGAACACUACCACUCUCUUUGAUGUGGAAAUUGUUGCCCAAGUAGUAGAAGCCUAUGCCUUUCACCACAUGAUAUCAGGAAAAACUCAGGUUGCAAAGCUGGUAGAUGAAUAUAUGGUUCUUGUGGCAAGAGAUGAGAGCCUACCUGCAAAAAAAUUUCAGAUGCUUGUGCAAGUACUGCCCAAAGAAGCAAGAAGCUGCAAUGACAACCUAUAUACAGCCAUAGACAUGUACCUCAAGGCACAUCCUAACCUAACAGAUGAGGAAAGAACAGAGAUAUGCAGGACAUUGGAAUACCAUAAGCUGUCACAGGAGGCGCGAACACAUGUGAUGAGGAAUCACAGGCUGCCAGAGAGCAUGAUGGUGCGAUUUAUACUCCUGGAGCAAGUGAGCAUGGCGAGAUUAUGUGGUAGUUUUAGCUGUUCAUCAGGUGAUGAGAGAAGGAACCCAUCUGGGGCAGUGGUGAGAAUUAGCAAGGAGUUGAGGAUGAGGUCUCAAAAGGAUGUUAAAGUGAUGAAGAAAGAUGUUGAAAUGUUGAAGAUUCAAGUGGGGAAACUGCAGAUGUGUAGAAUGGAACUUCAGAGGCAAAUCAAGAAGCCUGCACUCAUUUGAACAUUAUAUUCUUCAUGCAUGUAGUGACAACAAUUUAUUUUGCCCUUCUGUUUUGGAUGAUUACCUUAGCUUCUCUUCACUCAACAUGUUUGAUUAUGAGACCACUAGGAAUCAUGAAAGUGUUUGUGUCUGUGUUUUUUUUUCCAUAUUUCAUGAUGGCUAGUAAAUUUGACAUUGAUAUCUC